GGAUUACUCACUAAAAGAAAACUAGCUUUUAAGACACACUGUGCAACUUUUAAGCUACUGAUCUAAACGCAUUUUCCGAAUACAUGUACAUGUUAAAAUCUCAUUGUUUAAUUUUAAAAAAAUUGGUUUUUACGUGAUGCAAAAUAAAUGAGUUUAAAUAGACUUCAAGAUCAUUGCUUAAAAAUCAAGUUCAGCUGCAAAUUUUAUUUAUGAUUGGCGAGCUUGAGAAGGUGAAGUUAGACAGCCAUCCAAAGUGAACCUUUGCAUUGUUUACUAAAGAAAAUUGGCUAAAAACUCAUUUCAUCAUUCUGAAUAUUUGAAAGAAAGUUUUUAACAUAAAAAAUAAGCAUAAACUAAUAAAUUAUAGUAUCGUAGCUUAGUAAGAACAUUAAUUAAUAAAUAGUGAUUAAAAAUUCGUUUAUGAAAGUUUAAAGAGUGUACGAAAAGAUGAAGGAAAAGCGAACUUCAGCUCUCUCCUGUCUUUUAUUGAAUGACAUACUUGGUACCGAUGAAGAAGAAUCGUCAGACGAGGAUUUUCGAGUUUCUGAUCACUCUGAAAACUCGGAUAUAAGCAAUGAUGAGUCAGACGCUGAUAGUAAUAGCAAUAGCGAUGAAAAGGAUGAAAGUAGUGGAGAUGAAUUGAAUGAUAAUAUCAAGGAAUCAAAUUUAACAAAUAAACAUACAACAAAUGUAUUAUUGGAACAGGCAAAAUCAAGUUUAGCAUAUACUCAAAAGAUUUUGAUGACUCCAAUAUGUUGUGCAUGUUUAGGAGAUCGUAGUGACGAUACAAAUGAAAUAGUCGAGUGUGAUGGCUGCAAAAUUACAGUGCACGAAGGAUGCUAUGGAAUAAGUGAUUCGAUUAGUAUUUCCAGUACAGUAUCGUCAUGUUCUACGGAGCCGUGGUUUUGUGAUCCUUGUAAAGCUACCAUUAAAGAUCCAGAUUGCGAGUUGUGUCCAAACAAAGGUGGUAUUUUUAAAGAGACUGAUUGUGGAAAAUGGGUACAUUUAGUAUGUGCGCUCUACGUUCCCGGUGUUGCUUUUGGUGAAGUUGAUCAGCUCUCAUCGGUGACAUUAUUCGAAAUGCAGUAUAACAAAUGGGGCGCAAAAACCUGUAGUUUAUGUGAGGAUGAUCAUUUUGCCCGAACUGGAGUCUGUAUUGGUUGUGACGCAGGGAUGUGUAAAAGCUACUUUCACGUUACAUGUGCACAGCGAGAGGGGCUUUUAUCGGAAGCACAUCAUGAUGAAGUGGAUCAGGCUGAUCCUUUUUAUGCACAUUGUAGAGUUCAUUCAGAUAAGUUUCUGAUUAAAAAUCGCAAAAAGAAUUUUAAUGCACUGUUAGUGCAAAUGAAAAGAUAUGAAAAUGAAGUAGGUAUUGUGAGAAGUGAUAAAACACCGGAGGAGUUGGAGAGAAUAGAAAGAAAACUCAAAAAACACAGGAUCAAAUAUGCAGCUAACAAAUUAAAUCGUCCAGAACCUUGGGUUCCGACCCAGAAAAUGCCAAGAUCAUUAAUAACUAGUGCAUCUGCCGUCAAGAAGUUAAGGAAAAAGGCUGAAAUAAUGGAAAUCGAUACAGUUGCACUAGAAUUUCAGGAAGCACAAAUUGCAUCACUUAAAGAUAUUAGAAAAAAGUGGCAUAUCUCGCCGUCAUUUACAACAGAGUUUGUUGGAUAUUACCUGGAUCGAUCGAUUCGUUUGAAGGAGAUGAAAACAAAUCUGGAACAACAAGUUGAACUGAAUAAAACACUGUUGAAUCAGCAAUCAAUACUUCGUGUAAAAUAUGAUGACGUAAUUAAAGUAAAUCAGGAUGUACAGCAUAAGCAAAAGGAUCUUUUGUCUGAAAUAGAAAUAAUUCAUAAUGCUAUUCUUACCAUUUGUCCGAAUAAACAAUUACAAAUAGUUGAGAAUAUUGGAAAGGCUUUGCCGAAUAUGAGAAUUAAUACAAUUUCACCGGCAUUAUCGUCAACACCGCCACCACAAAUGUUAACUAGUCGAACAAUGUCAGUUCCAACAGCUGCAGCAUUAAAGCAAGGCGUCGGAUUUCCUCUUAAUAAUUUAAGAAAAGAUGACACAGGAAGAAUUUUAAGUACACAAUGUAUUACAAAUGAUGAUCUGCUUAAUGAAUGUGGAAUAUGUAAAAAAUGUAAUGAUCAACAUCUAUUAGCAAAAUGUGAUACAUGUCAUUUGUAUUAUCAUCUUGGUUGUCUAAAUCCACCACUAACGAGGCACCCAAAGAAAUCAAAAUUGUAUGCUUGGCAGUGCUCAGAAUGCGAUAACGAUAAUGAUUCAAGUCCUGAAAAUAAAAUAAUUCCUAAAGGUCCCAGACGUUCUAGAAUUCGCUACAGUAAGGAUGGACUUUAUCAUACAGAUCUUCAUGAUUCAUUCGGAAGUGAUCAAUCUUUAUUAAACAUUUCAAAAAGCGAUGAAAGUAUUCAAUAUAAGAUUUCAAACGGAGCUGAUAUUACGCUAAGCGAACACGAGAUAGAAGAACAUGUAAAAGAAACAUUAGAUGUGGAUAGAAUUAGUACGGUAGUAGAAGCAACAAGUAGUAAUAUCCCGAAUGUUGUAAGUACAAAUAGUGAAGAAAUCGUCGAAAAGGACGAAGUGACAAAGCGUGAGAAAAAGUCAAAUAAAAGCAAGAGUCCUUCAAAGUCUAAAAUAAGUAAAAAGUCUGCAUCAAUUUCGUCAAUAAAUUCCGAAUCAGCGUUAACGCCAGAGCUGCCAUCGAUAAUAGCAACAAAUACAGCUAAUAAUAGUAUAGAUAAUACAGUAAAAGAUGAAAUUAAUCUCGAUUCAUCACAUGAGACGAUACAGGAACCAAUAAAUUUGUCACAAACAUCCACAGCAUCAGAUGAAAAGAAACCAAAGAGAGGACGUCCUCCUAAACGAACAUUAUCGCAGAUAUCAAAUGAUUUGCAGAAACUACAUGAGGGUCAAAAUAGUCACGAAGAUGAAGAUGAAAAACCAGAAAUGGAUAAUGAGCAGCAAGGAUCGGAUGUGACACUCAUUGAUAUGUCGAAAAAGAUUGAAUGUCCUCUCGAUCAGUAUCGAGCUUUUGCCGAUAUUCCAAAUAGCAUUCCUUAUCCUUUGCCUAAUGAAUUGCCAAAAUUUGCAGACGAACCUGAAAACAUUCCAAUCACACAUUUAGAACCAUCGAAUGAGCCAUUAUACAAUGGACAGACUGAGCCAAAAUUAACAAAUGGCGAUGGUCUUGCCGAAUACUCGUCAAAUUCAGUACAUCACAAGCAUAAAAAACGAAAGAGUCAUAAAAGACAUCAUUCACAUUCACCAAGCUCAAAUGAUCGUCAAUCGAGUGUAAAGAAGCACAAAAAGAAACAUAAGCAUAAAGAUUACGAAACACCUGGCAAUGACGAAGCAAGACCUUCAGAUGAUCAGAUGCAACUCAACAAUGAACAACAUCCUCGCAUUAAAAUUAAAUUUCGAGCUAUACUUCAAACCGCAGGCGAUGACAAAAAACCGCCUAAAUUCUUAUGGCAUGUUCCAAAUGAAGAAUCUGACGUUGCUGCUGAAAAUCCUAAUCCUACAAAUCCAAUUGUUAACCAAGCCCAGUUAUCGCCCGUAUUAGGUAAUGGACAUCAUGUAAAUAAUCAAUCGACACCAGAAAGCAAAAAGAAGAAGAAAGGAACGCCUAAAAGUAAUAAAAAGGCACGACUUUUACUAAGUUUAAGUACCAGCAAGAGCGACUCAUCAAUAAUCCAGCCAUCCGCUUCAUCCGUUAUAGAAUCUCCAGAUAACCAAAUAAUAACAAAUCUUAAUAAAUCAUUGCCAUUACCGAAUCAAGUUUCCUGCGAUGUCUGUAAUGCAGCAGGAAGCAGUCAAAACUUAGUCAAAUGUGAUGAUUGUCAAAAGAAUUAUCAUUUCCAAUGUCUAAUUCCCCCAUUAAAAAAGACACCCAAAAAACGUGGAUAUUCUUGGCACUGUGCAGACUGUGAUCCAACAGAUCACGAAAACAACUGAUUCAAAAGAGUUGUUUAAUAUCAAUAAGAAGGAGGUGACAUGUCUGCGAUGAAAUAUUUAUCAAGUUUAAAAAUGAAAGGAAUAUGUUACUUUUCAUAUUGAUAUAGACUAAUUUUAAUUCUCUCAGUUUCCCAUCUAUAAAAUGAAUUAGAAAACUGAUCAAAGCCCAGUUUAACUGAUUAAAAAAAGAAGAAAAAUUCAUGAAUCAAAUCAGCUCUCAUAUAUAAGAUUAAAAGUGAUGAAACAGCUUCAUGCAGUUGUAAAGUGAACAGAAAAAAUAAUUAAAAUAUCAUCUCUACAAAAAAAAAAUGUUAUGAGACAUACGUUCAGGAUGUAUAGAAAUACAUACGCAUAUAUAUGUACUUAAAUUUCUUAUAAGCUUGAUAAUCUCAUCAUGUUAUUAUUUUUCUCAUUAGUUAAACAUCGAUACAUCACCUAUAGGUAAAAAAAAAUGUAAUGCAUUACAUUAGAUUUCAAAUCUUUUAAGGAAUUGAGAAUUUUGGUUGACCGGUGUUCUUUUAUCCUUUUUUUUCUCCUAUUCAACUGUCCGUGAAUUUCAGUAUUCCCUUUUUAAAUGUAAUUAAAAAAAUGUUUUUUCUAUGCUAAAAUGUAAUAAGUUUAUGAAAUUAACUUGUUUGCUAAAAGAACAAAAAAAAAGAAGAGAUGGAUAGAGAAGAUGAAAACGAAUCGUAGCUGGUAAUGAUAAAAUAUUUUGAUAUGUGAGCGAUUUUAUUAGUAAGUCAAGUAUCUAUCAUGAUAUUUUUAGCAAUUAUGACAAUGAAUUAAUAAAAAAGUAACAAAAAAAAUCAUUUUCGAAUUUUGUAGCAACAUAAAACAAUUUUUUUUUCUUUCUAUUGUGAGAGAAUUAUUU